UCGUCACGCAGCAGUGUUGUAUUACGUUAUCGCUUAAAUAAAUUAAUUACUAAAAUUUGAAGAAGUAUAAUUUUUGAAGUGUGCUAGUAAUUUUAAAACCACAUGCUCGACUAUUUUAUUUAAUAUUAGUUGUUAAUUUGGUUGGACGAACUCAAGGGACAUAUUAUAUUAAAUAAGCAAAUAGUAGACCCUUGGUUUAUGCAAUAGGCAACUCUAUUGGAUAAGUGGACCCUGUAGUGUGCAGAAUAGUGGCAAAAUAUUUAAUUCUGCAAUUUUAGUAAUAAUAAUCCGGUUCAUAUGUAAACUUCAGUUUCUUCUAUUGUUGGUUGAAUAUUGCGCGUGUGUUUAUGCUAUUAUUGAUAAAAGUGUAAUCUAUAAAUUCGCACUUUCGCAUUUCAAAAAUGACAAAUCGCAAUCGGCAUUAAUGAGUUGGAAACGUAGGCAAAACUAUAAAAGGAGUGCACGGCGCAUUGUGUGCAGGAAAGCGGACGCCAAAUCAGAUUAGCCUAAAGUAAUAAGCACAAAGUGAAUACUACGUGUAACAAGUUUUUCUUCCAAGUUUAUUUGUCAAGCAGCAUUAAUUGUUGUAAAAACCAACGGGCAGGUGUUUCUGCGUUUCCAUUGUCAAGUAUUCGACAAGGAUCCUUGUGUAAGUAGAAAAUCUGAACCAGCUUCGAUUUGGGAAUAGUUACAAUUGAUGCGUGGUAUUACUGACUAGUGAUCAAAGAUAACAACAAGUGGUUAUGCGCGUCGAAAUGUGGCAAACACUGCUUUAAACAAUUUAAAUUUAAGUUAAAUUCGAAUUAUAAAAGCAUACCUACUCUGUAAACUCUCCCACACAUAAACAAACACACACCAAUAUAUGAAAAGUGAAGGCCGUGAGUGUGUGUGCCGGCGUGUGUGUGUGUUUUGUGGUGCAACAAUACAAAAAGUGUAGUCACAUCUGUGCUGUGCGCAGACGUGUUUCACACUACGCUUGUGAAACGUAUUCCCUGAAACAUUUAAUUUUGCAAUAAUAAAUUAUCAAACACAUUAGCAGCGGCGAAGCGAAGCAAAACAACACGAUGGCACGCCACAUAAUGGCCGUUUGCGUUGUGUGCCUACUGUGCGCCGAUCGCAUACCCUGCCAGGAGCAUGUCAUAAAUGAUUAUGUGGCAAAUGCUGCCGCAUAUCCGCCGCCACAUUUCGAAUAUCAACAGUUAAAUGCGCGCGUGCACGAGCGACGUGACGCUUUACGCUUCGGCGUGGACCCGCUGACUGCCAACACACGCAAACGUGCAGUUAACGAUGUUGCUGGCGAUGCUGAUGAACUUGACAUUGAAACAACAACAACAACGAGCCACAUACAUAGUAAUAAACCACAUCGAAGAAAACGCCAUGCUGGACAUGCGCACGGUGAGGAGUCGACGACGACUACCAGCACCUUGCAUCAACCUGAGAUCACAGCGGAAUUCCUGCAGCGUAUAUUUGUCGAGUAUGGACAUAAGGCUGAUGGCACAUUGACGGUGGACGAGUUUCAGCACAUACUGAAAAAGCUCGGCUUGAAUCAGCUGAUAGAAGGCGAAAGUGGUGCAACACAACAACAAAAGCAGCAGCAAGAACGUUUACAGCAUCCCGCGGCGGAGGCGUCCAGCAAUGGCACCUGUGUUAGCGAUGCCGCACUAGUCUACCAUGUCCAGCCACAUAAACUAAUUGAACACACACACCCGCAUGUCGAACGUGCCGUGCAUUGCAAUGAAUCCGAUGCAACGGAUUGUGCCCAGGCUCAACAAAAUCAACCAAAGUUUAAAGUGUUACAUGAACACACGGCAAAUUAUACGAUUAGCAAAGAGGAUAUGCUGCAUCUGUGUCCAGUACUGUUGUACCAAAUGGCUUCACCACUGGCUGGUGAUCGCGCCGGCUGCAUAGAUCCCUCGAUACUGGAGCAUGUUGAGGCCAACGAAGCGAGUGAAUAUUCCGCCAAGGAGGAUAUGGUUUAUGUCUGGGUAUACGCAUUUAUCUCCGUUUUCGCCUGUGGCAUUUUGGGACUUGUCGGCGUAGCAAUCAUACCCUUUAUGGAUUCGCGCUAUUACAAGUACAUUAUACAAUAUUUGGUGGCACUGGCUGUUGGCACCAUGACUGGUGAUGCUUUGUUGCAUUUACUGCCACAUUCUUUAGCUGGUCAGAGCGAGCAAAAUAUGAUACUUAAAGGUCUCGGCUGCAUGAGCGGCAUUGUUUUCUUCUACAUGACCGAGCAUGGCCUGACAAUGAUCUCGGAGUGGCGCAAACGUAUAGCCAAAAGCGAUACGACCCAGCAAUCGCGCGCCAAAGUCGUACGUGAUCCCGACUCAUCGGUGAACAACUCAGUUGCUGGCGAUAAACUUUGCAAAUCCAAGUACAGUUCAUAUCCUUAUUGCUAUGAUGAGAUCGCUAUGGAUACAAAGAACGAUAUGCAUUUGCCAGGCUCAAAACUGAAUAAUAUCUCGGAUUUGUCGGGUGAACUGAUGGGCGUUAGUAAUAAUGUGGAGCGUAAGCGUAAUGGCAAAGCAGACGCUGAAGACAACGAUGCGGUGGCGCAAUCCCUAAUACCUGUGUGGCAUCACAAUCAUCAAGAUCAUCAGCAUGCACAGCCACAGCACCAACACAUACACCUGCCCGACAGCAAUACGAUUUCAACCGAUUUAGAUGGCAAUUCAAUGAGUGGUGUUGGUGGUGGUGCUGGUGAUGGCCACAGUCACGCUUUGGUCUACAAUCCAACGGUGGCCACCAAUGGCAAUGCCAAAGAACAUUCGUUAGUCAGCGAUUCCGUUCCAACUGUGAUAUUACGUGAGCACGAGUCAUCGCAUCACGGGCAUAGUCAUAAGCACGGACACGUACACUCGCCACCGGAAUCGUUAAGUGCUGUUGUCUGGAUGAUUAUCAUGGGUGAUGGCUUACAUAACUUCACCGACGGCAUGGCAAUAGGCGCUGCUUUCGCUGAAAACAUUGCCGGCGGCUUCUCCACAUCGCUAGCUGUAUUUUGUCACGAACUGCCACACGAACUGGGCGAUUUCGCAAUACUCAUCAAAGCGGGCAUGUCCAUAAAAACAGCAGUGUAUUACAAUUUAUUGACGAGCGUGCUCAGCUUUUUAGGCAUGAUAAUCGGUAUUAUUUUUGGACAAUCGCCAAAUGUAGCGCAAUGGAUGUUCGCUGUAGCCGCCGGGCUCUUCAUCUACAUAGCACUUGUCGAUAUGAUGCCGGAAUUGUCGUCGGCACACAAGACACUGGAGCAAUUCUUAUUGCAAAUACUUGGCAUGUGCACUGGUGUUGCCAUAAUGCUGCUAAUUGCAUUAUACGAGGGUGAUCUCUUAAGCGUCUUCUCUUCGACUACAACGACAGCCACACACAAACAUUAGGGGCGUCUACUUAUAAUUGGCUGAAAGCAGAUAUGUUAUAGUAAAUAAAGAAAUAACCCACCAGCCACCCAGAAAAAGCCUACACCAUUUGCUACUCCGCACAUUGAAUGCGAAGAGCGGAAUGAGAAAAGCUCUGCAACUACGUUCGUUGACACAUAUUUAAGCUCGGCUCGCACGUAAAAUGUUGCGUGCACAUUAUAUUUCUUUAAAUGCCGCAUAUUCCUGCUGCACUGAGUGUUUUUAUGCAAAAUGAUUGCAUAGAGCAUUUUUCGCAUAAAGCGAAGAAGAAGAGUUAGAAUUGGAUUGAAAUGAAUUGCGUAGAUUUCUCGCACGAAAGUGAUUAUUAUGCUACGACACUUUGUCGUACAUGGUAUAAAUGAUUCAUAUUUUAUUAUUAUUACUUUUUAUAGCUGAUAAUGUCAUCAAAGCAAGUGAAUAACUGUAGUCUUAAGCGCAUGAGAAAGUAGUUGAGUAAAAUGAAUUGAAAUGUAAACUGUGGAAUUUAAUAUUUUUCUAUUUUUCUUCACGCUAUAACUAAGAUAUGCUAAAGCGAACAACAAGAAAAACAAACAAACAAACAAAUAUAUGGUGCUGCAUUAUUUAUGUAUGCAUAAUUAUAUAUAUAUAACAACUACAUACAUGCAUCUACGUAUGUAUAUAUGUGGGCACAUACAAUUGUAGAUGUCAAUAGAUAUAUACUAUAUACUUAUGUAUUAUAUAUAUACAUACAUAUUUUUUGGAUAUUGUUUUUUUCUAAGCGCAAAAUUUUGUAUUUGCAUUUGCACACGAAAUUAUUGCAAUCGUUGAAAUCACUUUUACACACACACUUACAUAUACAUAUGUCUGUCCUAAGCGUUGCCGUAAGCUUAAUGCAGGCGCGCAAUUGAAUUUGAAAGUUUUUCAACUAUAAGCUGCAGCAUGAAAUUCACUUUCUUACAAUUUAUAUACUUUUUUAUACAACUACAAAGUAAUGCAUAUGGAAUGUUGUAAUAAGCUGAGCAGAAAAGAAAUAUACAAACCAAAAAAAAAUUACUUGUAGCCACUACAUACAGUGCUAUUUAAGUGUAUACAUGCUAUACACAUACUUACUUAUAUAUAGAUAUAUUUAAUGCAAACAUUAAUGUUAAUUGUAUUUUUUCAUAAGUUGAUAUGUACGACAACAACACAAUGUUAUACAACACUCAUAGUAUAUUAUACCGUAGUACACGCUGCCUAAGUUUAACACAUAUAUUAUAGUAAUAUAUAUAAACACACCUAAAAAAUUAGUAACAUAACCCCACUUUUGUAGUGUGGGCGAGUGUAGUGUAAAUUGCAUUUUUUUUUACAAAAUUUCAAAACUGCUAUCAGCGUUGUGAAUGUUUUAUACUAAAGUUUUGUAUUUAAUUUCUUUUUUUUUUGUUUAGAGAAAAUAGCACGCACGCAUUUCUUAUAAAACUUCAUACACCACGUCAUAAUUACUUUAUUGUAGUAUAAAACAUUUUUGUCAUAUUAAUUUUGUACUUAAUUCAUUUCUCAGUUCAUUGCUGAUUAAGUAUUUGUAAUAAUGUUAGUUAAGUUUGAAUUAUAAUUAGCCUAGAUGCGUAUAUAUUGCGACGUUAAUAUAUUUAAAGAGAACGAAAAACACACAAGAACAUUUUGGUAUACAAUCAAGCAAUAUGGCAGCUCACUUAGGCGUAAAAUAUUUAAUAAAAACUAAUUAUAAUUUCCUAAUUUACAGA